AGGGGUGGAGCAUCUGCCUCACUUACCUGCUGGCUUGGCUCACCGGGAUCCAAUAACUCCCUUCUAACUGAAGUGCGGAAUCGGUUUAUUCGCAUUCUUAGGCUGCAGACAGUGCCAGCAGUAAGUCGUCCUAGGUGCCAAACCAGUGUCGCCGAGCAGUGGUUUAUGAAAUUUGGAUGCCCGCUGUCUGUAAUUCUUUAUGCUGAUCUGAUGGCCUCGAGUGACAUUUGGAAGACAGUGCUCCCAAUCUGUUUGUUGGCCAGUCUAAACGCCGGGUGGUGUUACUUGACCGGUGCACCUGAGGACACAUGCAGCGAUAUGAUGCCUGAACAUGGAGUGGCUGCCCAAACAACAGCAUCCCCCUAUAAACUGGUUGCCAAUGCUAGCACCUAUAUACCUGGCCACCCUGUACAAGUGCAAGUCAUAACAACAUCUGCAGACUUUAAAGGACUUCUGUUACUGGCAAAGGAUUCAAAUGCUGUUGUGCAAGGCAGCUGGAUAAAAUACAUUCAAGAAACAAAGGCAAUAUCGUGUACAAACAAAGAUGGAGCAGUAACUCACUAUACAAACAGCAACAAACCCAAUGGCUCUACAUUUGUAUGGAUGCCUCCAAGUUCUAGAUGUCCUACAAAACUAACAUUUCAAGCAACUGUUGUCCAAAAUAAGGCAACCUUCUGGAAAGGUAUUAAAUCAUCUGAAUUAACAUUAGGAAAUGCAACACUGUGCUCCAGCAGCAUGAAGAUAGCACCUGGAUUUGGGAUUCUUACUCUUCUUUUGUACUAUUUGUUUGUCAACUAAAUUACUGAGAUUCAGUUUCUGUAAAACUGUAUAUUCAAAAAUGUAUAUGGAUAUCUUGUAGUAUGCAGACUUCUUCUUCUUAUUAUUAUUAUUAUUAUUAUUACUGUCACUAUUAUAUACCACUGCAAUGGUUAUUAGUGAACCUAGAAUGAAAUAUCAUUAGAUUACCAUAAUAUGGGGAGACCAAUUUAUUAUAGUUUACUGAAUAUUUAAAGUUUUAUAACAAUGUCAACAGUUUGGGUCACAAAAGUAUCCUGCAGACUUUCUACUAGAUGAAUUACAUAUUUGUAAUCAUGUUAGGGCUUUGAGCCAAUUAAAUUUGGUUUGGCUGCUAUUUUUACAUGAUGAAGAAGCAUAUAUUUAAUAUUAGGUAUUAUACAAUGACUGGCCAUUAAUAUUCAAAAUGAGCAUUCUGACUGGCCAACCCAACCAAGAGAAUAUACUAAUGGAAAAAGGUCCGGUUCCUCAGACUUUUUCCCAUUAGCAUAUCUCCUGAUUUUUUUUUUACUUUUUUUUUUUUUUGCCCUCCCAAAAAGAAAACAGAAGACCUAAAAUGAACGAGGGAGACAGCACAGCAAAAAAUAACAGGGUAAUUAGGUAUUUU